GCAAAGGCCUUUAUCAAUAUGGGAAAUCAAAUGCAGUUCGUUGUUGAGCAGGAAAAGCAGCAGGUCCUUCGUGGUGUCGCUAGAUGCCGCUAGGUUGGUCUAGCGUGUUGACAAGAAUGACAUUGUAACACAUAACCUAGAAAUACAAACACGCUCGUAAAAUGGCACGAAAUGCGGAAAAGGCUAUGACAACGCUGGCUCGUUGGAGAGCGGCGCAAAGUAACGAAGGGGCGAGGAAAGAGCAGGAACGGAGGCCGUACUUAGCUUCAGAAUGUAGAGAUUUGCGCAAGGCAGAGAAGUGGAGAAUGCAAAUAAUCAGAGAGAUUGCCAAGAAAGUUGCUCAAAUUCAAAAUGCCGGGCUCGGGGAGUUCCGUAUUCGUGACUUGAACGAUGAGAUCAACAAAUUGCUCAGAGAAAAGCGACAUUGGGAGGCGCAGAUAAAGGAACUCGGUGGGCCUGAUUAUUCUAGAGUCGGUCCUCGUAUGUUGGACCAUGAAGGACGCGAGGUGCCUGGCAAUAGAGGUUACAAGUAUUUCGGAGCUGCCAAAGAGCUACCUGGCGUCAGAGAAUUAUUCGAGCAGGAACCACCGCCACCCCCUCGGAAAACUCGCGCGGAACUGAUGAAGGACAUCGACGCGGACUAUUACGGUUACAUGGACGAUGACGAUGGUAUCUUGAUACCGCUGGAGCAAAGAGCCGAGCAAGAAGCGAGGGAAAAGUGCAUCAACGAGUGGAUAUCUCGCGAAAAGGAGCCGGAAUCCACGGACGUCGAGACCACGGCGCAGAAGUCGAUACCCACGCAGCAGGAUAUCCAGGAGGCUCUGUUAGCUAGGAAGAAAAAGGAACUACUGGACAAGUACGGUCUGGACUGAGGCCUGCGCGACUGUGCUUAGGCACAAUAGUAACUAUUUUUUUAACAUAGCUAUACAAUUAAACGAUAAUAAAUGUAUAUUCGUAAAUUUAUUGGUUUAAUUAUAUAUAUUUAGAAUACAUUUUUAUAAAACGCGAUGGAUAUAAUAAUUAUUGUUAAUUUAUAAGUACGUAAUAACAUUGAUUAAGGUAAUUAGUUUGUGCAGUAGACAUUCAAACUUGAAUUGAUGCUUAUCGAGAGAAAAAACGGGUGCUGUAGAUAAAAUAUAGAUCGAAAUCCAACGGUAGUCUGUUUAUAAUCUU